AUGUCACCACAGAGGAUAGUGCGUGUGUCCCUGGAGCAUCCCACGAACGCUGUGUGUGUGGCUGGCGUGGAAACCCUCGUGGACAUUUAUGGGUCGGUACCGGAGGGCACAGAGAUGUUCGAGGUCCACGGGACGCCUGGUGUGGACAUCUUCAUCUCUCCCGGCUCGGAGAGGGGCCGGGGGCGUGCGGACACCGGGCGCUGGCACUGCGAUGCAGGGUUGGAGAUCAUCGUGGUCGUGAACUCUCCCAGCAGUGACCUCAAUGAUAGUCAUGUUCAGAUUUGCUAUUACUCCAGCCAUAAGCCCCUGCCCCUGGCCCACGCGAUGCUCUACCUCACCUGUGUCGACAUCACUCUGGAUUGCGACCUGAACUGUGAGGGCAGGCAGAACAGGAGCUUUGUGGACAAGAGCCAGUGGGUCUGGGGGCCCAGUGGGUAUGGAGCCGUCCUGCUGGUAAACUGUGACAGGGACGAUCUGAACUGCGAUGACCGGGACAACUGUGACCAGCAUGUGCGCUGCCUGCAAGACCUGGAAGACAUGUCUGUUAUGGUCCUGCGGACCCAGGGCCCCGCUGCCCUCUUCGAUGACCACAGACUUGUCCUCCACACCUCCAGCUGUGAUGCCAAGAGGGCACGGGUCUUCCAUGCCUGCGGUCCCGAGGACUCGUGCGAGGCCUACAGGCACGUGCUGGGCCAGGACAAGCUGUCCUACAAGGUGCCUCGCUUCCACGGGGAGGAAGAACGCUUCUUCGUGGAGGGCCUCUCCUUCCCUGAUGUCAGCUUCACGGGGCUUGUCUUUUUCCACGUCACCCUGUUGGAUGACUCCAAUGAGGAUUUCUCCGAGUCCCCGAUCUUCACUGACACCGUGGUAUUUCGCGUCGCACCCUGGAUUAUGACGCCCAGCACCCUGCUGCCCCUGGAGGUGUACGUGUGCCGUGUGAGGAACAACACGUGUUUUGUGGACGCAGUGGCAGAGCUGGCCAGGAAGGCCGGCUGCAAGCUGACCGUCUGCCCACAGGCUGAGAACCGCAAUGACCGUUGGAUCCAGGACGAGAUGGAGCUGGGCUAUGUUCAGGCGCCACACAAGACCUUCCCGGUGGUCUUUGACUCCCCGAGGAACGGGGAACUGCAGGACUUCCCUUACAAAAGGAUACUGGGUCCAGAUUUCGGCUAUGUGACUCGGGAACCACAAGACAGCUCUGUGAGUGGCUUGGACUCCUUCGGGAACCUCGAGGUCAGCCCCCCAGUGGUGGCCAACGGGAAAGAGUACCCCCUGGGAAGGAUCCUCAUUGGGGGCAACCUGCCUGGGUCGAGUGGCCGCAGGGUCACCCAGGUGGUGCGGGACUUCCUUCACGCACAGGGGGUGCAGCCCCCUGUGGAGCUCUUUGUGGACUGGUUGGCCGUGGGCCACGUGGAUGAGUUUCUAAGCUUCGUUCCUGCCCCUGAUGGAAAGGGCUUCCGGAUGCUCCUGGCCAGCCCUGGCGCCUGCUUCAAGCUCUUCCAGGAAAAGCAGAAAUGGGGCUACGGCAGGGCCCUCCUGUUUGAAGGGGUUGUGGAUAAUGUGCAGGUUGACACCAUCUCCAUCAACCAGAUCCUCUCCAAUGAAAACCUCAUCAGCUACAAUAAGUUUGUGCAGAGCUGCAUCGACUGGAACCGGGAGGUGCUGAAGCGGGAGCUGGGCUUGACGGAGCGGGACAUCGUGGACAUCCCCCAGCUCUUCAAGACCGAGAGGAAAAAGGCCGUGGCCUUCUUCCCUGACUUGGUGAACAUGCUGGUGCUGGGGAAGCACCUGGGCAUCCCCAAGCCCUUCGGGCCCAUCAUCAAUGGCUGCUGCUGCCUGGAGGAGAAGGUGCGGUCCCUGCUGGAACCGUUGGGCCUCCACUGCGUCUUCAUCGACGACUUCACUCCAUACCACAUGCUGCAUGGGGAGGUGCACUGCGGCACCAACGUGCGCCGGCAGCCCUUCUCCUUCAAGUGGUGGAACAUGGUGCCCUGAGCCUGUCCCACCCACCAUCCUCUCCCCCUGGGGUGGGACAUUAGCCCGGGUGAUGGAGACUGAGACAGGCCCCUAAAUAAUAAGUGUCAAGAGACCCAAGUUUCCAGGUGGAAUUCCGAGGGUGACCUGUCCUUCUCAGAAGCCUUUUUCCUAGAAGUGUUUGCGCCUCACCUGCAACCCAUUUGGUUCUCAGGCUUGGUUCUUCUUGGCCUUCCAAGAAGGAGGCCCUCAUUUCUUGUGGGCUCUCAUGCAGAUCAACAUGACCCAUGGGGACUCCUCCAAACACCCCCACCCCUCAAAUCCUCCAUUUGGGGCCAAAGCCACUUUGAGGUCUAGAAACAUCCAUGCAUCUCAUCUGCCCUUUUGGCCUGUAUGUCGCAAUGGAGGAAGGUCUGCCUUGGUCUAAUUGCCUGUCACUCUGCAGGGGAACAGCCCCAAAGUCAAAUCCUUCCCCAUUAGAGAGAUUCCACCCAUAGGGAAGGAGCUGGGGUUGGGGGUCCACUUAGCUCGAGGUGGGACCAUCAUUCCAGCUGCCAAGCUCACCUGAUCAGAUCUUGAAUUCUGUACCCUGCCCAGUAGCCAUCAUGAGCUUUCAACAUAGUAGGUGCUUCUAGCUGCAUGUUUGAGAAAUGAUAGUUGUCCCUUAGUCUUAGAAAUUCCCCAUGAUACAACCCAGAAACCUGGCUUUGUCCACAAACCUCUGGCAUUUCUCGGAGAUGAAAGUACCUGGGGAAUCCCUGGAGAUUGGGAAGACUGGGUGCAAGGGUGGAAACAUCCUUCAUAACACACAGGGUGUUUCGUUAGCCCUGGGGCCUCCCUCUGCAGAAGGGGAGACCCCUGGCAGGAUUAGUCCUAGGCUUUCUGUUGGUCAGCGUUCCGA